AUGAGCACUCCCCGAAUGAUUCGGUUGUGCCGACGUCGCGGUGUGUGGCUGCCGAGACGACAACUGAGCAGCAUCAAUGUCCGUCACCAACAACCCCAGUGGACGCCGCCACCGCCCCCUACGAGUCCUGCCAUUGUGUCGACCAAUCCAGUUGCCUUGCCGUUUUUGCAUUCUCGUAAAAAGCUCGCUCCGGCUUGUUUGGACCCCAGCGAAUUGAAGGAUCAUACCGACAAAAUCUUGCAAACGGCCGUGGGAGACUUGAUUCCCUUUCCGCGUCAUCACGGCACAUUGGAUCGCAGCACCACUGACGAAGGUGCCUGGACGAUUGGCGAGAAUAGCGUGCAACAGGUGGAAUAUCUCAUGCGAGGUCAUGCCGCGCAAAUUCCGGGAACUCUUUGGCAGGGAUGGUCGAAUUCUGGCAAUGGUGAUACUAGUGGUAGUAGUAGUGACCCCUUGACUUGCUUGGAAGCCAUGGAUGCCUUGUUGGAGCGAAUGGCCGAAGAAGGCACGUAUUACAUGCAAGAGGAUGGCGUCUAUGACGAUGACGAUGACGAUUUGAUGUUGGACUUUGCCUCGCCUGGAGCUACAGUCAACAUGUACGAUAUCUUUUUGGAUAGUCUGGCGGUCACGGCAGAGCAAGUGGGAGAUCCACGACAAUUUUCCGCCCGCAAGGCAUCCAAUCUACUGACCGCGCGACAUGCCUUUGAUGUCUUUGAGUUACUGUACCAGCGCCACUCCCUCGAUGGAGGAGAGGAGAGCAACGACAACAAAUUCACACUACCCACACAGAUAUCCUACAAUGCCGUGCUUCGCACCGUUGCCAAUCUGCAUUUUGAUGGACAAUCCGAAGUCCACCGUGAUUUGGCACUCAUGGUAGCAUUCUCCACCGACAAUGCCAUGCAGCAAUCAAAAACCUUGGAACGCAAUUCUGCCACCUUUGCCUAUUUGCUGCAAGUCAUUGCCAAGUACAUUCCAGCCUGUGAAUUUCGAGGAAAUGUGGCUCACGCACUUUGGAUGCAAGCCAAGUCCAGUGGCGUCUACAAUGAUCAAGUCAUGGAUGCAUACUUCCAAGCACAUGAACCGUCCAAUUCGGCUAGACAUGAUGAAUGGUUGGAGAAAAACUUGAAAGGGUUUGAUUGGAGAACCGAGGUGCCUCAGCGGUGGCGUCGUCGAGUUCAAAAAUACAGAAUGGUGCCCAAGCAGACAACCUAUUAA